AUGGAAAAGUUUCUUCUUCUUUCUCUUCUGUUUUCCAUGGCAAUUAUCACAUGUUCAGCCACUACCUAUACCGUUGGAGAUAGCUCUGGCUGGGACAUUAGCAGCGAUCUAGAAACUUGGGUUGCUAAUAAGAACUUUAAGAUAGGCGACGCUCUUCUUUUUCAAUAUUCAUCGACAUAUAGCGUGGAUGAAGUUACGAAAGGCAACUUUGAGACAUGCAACACAACGAAAGUGUUGGCGAAUUAUGGAAAUGGAAACACGACCGUGCCAUUGACAAGAGGCGGAGAUAGAUAUUUUGUAUGUGGAAACAAAUUGUUUUGCCUUGGUGGAAUGAAACUUCAUGUUCAUGUAGAUGAUGAUGAUGGAAGAUCGAUUUCACCGGCUUUGGCACCUAAAGCAGUUGCUGGAACAGAUGAAAGGACUAGUUCACUUCCAGAGUCUCCUUCGGCACCGUUUUCAAAUGGAGUUGCCAAUGGUGCGGAUAUAGUUUAUAUUGCUAUUGCGGCCAUUUUUUAUGGGAUGCUGCAGAUUUGA